AUGAGUGUAACAUCACCGCCGGACCACUUCGAGUGUUCGCCUCCUGAUUCACUAUUGGCCUUACUCCUACCUCACCGCAGCCUGCAAAUGCGCUUGCCUGAGCUCGUUUCACCGACAGACGUUGCCGACACGCCGAAAAGUUUACCAAAUUUAUCAGUUGAUGAUGACUCAGAACUUAUUGAAGAGAUCAACCUGCUUAAGACUCAAUUAGCUAGCGCUAGUCCGGUAAUUGAACGAUUAAAUAUUCUGGUCACUAACCUUCAAAAGAUAAUAGAAAGCCAACAAAAAAAGAGUAAAAUAUUUAAACAACUACUUUCCGAGCCUAGUCCACGAAAGUUGACGCCAUCGAAAUAUGUCAAAACCAAGCACAGACCACUCGGAAAUAUUGCUCCAGCAUCCUCCCCAAAAAAUACUCCAUGUAAUGAUGAUAUAGCAAACUCUGAACCGACUCCUUUACCUGGGACAAAGGAAAUAAGACAGCAUGAAAUGGCAAACAAUUCCAUAGAGACGACACCCACAGUAUCUUUCAAUGAACAAAGCCAGAGAAUUGUUAUUAUUGGUGAUCAAACAGCACGGAUCAUGGCGACAUCUUUAGCACAAACAAGAUCUAAUUACAAAAAUCCAAAGAAAUAUUUUAUCAAUGGAAUAGUAUAUCCAAAUGCAAGCAUUGAACAUGUAAUUCAGUAUUCUAAAAUUAUGAUUGAAGAACUACAAGAAGACGACUGGCUUGUUCUAUGUCUAGGAUCCAAUUACUCGAACCCAAUUAAAAUAGGCGUGGAGCUGUUGUCAUUACUAAAGAGACAAAAUAAGGCAAAAAAUUAG